AUGUCUCUGUCGGCCGACCUGAGCCGCCUGCAGGGCGGCGGCGGCGAGCGCGAGGCGGCGCUGGCGUCGCUGGAGAAGCAGCUGAUGUGUCCCAUCUGUCUGGAGAUCUUCAACAAACCCGUGGUCAUCCUGCCCUGCCAGCACAACCUGUGCAGGAAGUGCGCCAACGAGCUCUACCAGCCCUCUCUGUUCCAGGCCCGGACCACCAUGAUGGUGAACAGCGGCCGUUUCCGCUGUCCGUCCUGCAGACACGAGGUGGUGCUGGACCGCCACGGCGUCUACGGCCUCCAGAGGAACCUGCUGGUGGAGAACAUCAUCGACGUCUACAAGCAGGAAGUCAGCGCAGUGCCUUCAUCUGGAGGUGUCUUCUCCUCUAGCCCCGCCCCCCUUCCUCCUCCACUUCCUGCUGGGGUCAGGUGUUCGGACCACGAGGCCGAGAAGGUCAACAUCUACUGUCUCACCUGUCAGGUUCCCACCUGCUCGCUCUGCAAGGUGUUCGGCGCUCAUCAGACCUGCCAGGUGGCGCCGCUCACCGACGUCUACCAGCAGAGGAAGGAUGAGUUGAAUGAAGAACUCAGAGCUGUGGGGACGUUCAACAACAAAGUGCAAUCGCUGAUCGACGGGCUGGAGGAAACCUGCAGAACCAUAGAGGACAACUGUCGGACUCAGAAACAAACCGUGUGUGACAAGUUCAGCCGCAUGUUUUCCAUCCUGCAGGAGAGGCAGAAGGCGAUGGCGCAGCAGAUCAGCGACGAGCAGGACGAGAAGACGGCCCACGUCCUGGCGCUGGCCCGUUGCUACGGCGACCGGGUGGAGGCCAACAACAAGCUGGUGGAGAGCGCCAGGAGCAGCAUGGAGGAGCCGGACUCGGCUGCUUUCAUUCAGAAUUCAAGAGAACUCAUUGAAAAAGUGCGAACGGCCGGCGCUGCCUGUGAAUACGAGCCGCUGGACGCCGGCUAUGAGAACCUGAGGCGCUACAGGCUGAACUUCAGCCGGCAGGAGAAAGCUCUGAGGAGCAUCCAGUUCCUGACAGAGAAUGUUCCUGAAGAACCAGAGGUGGACCCAGAACCAGAGAAACCCAGAGAAGCUCUGAUCCAGAACCACGCAGAACAGACACAGAGCGAGGCGGUUCCGGUGCAGAGCUCCGUAGAACCCGGCUCAGAGCGGAUCCGGCCUCCGGGGGAACCGGUCCAGAUCCCUCCAGCUGGUCCAGGACCAAUCGGGGACUCUGUGGACGCUGCUGAAGACGCUACGCUGCCGGAGACCGAAGUGCAGACCUGGAGCACCGUGAGACCCGGGGGGCCUAAAGAGCAGGAGGAGGAGCAGGAGCAGGAGGAGGACAGGUGCGCCGCUCCAGAGACCGUUAAAGAAGGGAACCUGUGUGAGGAGCAGGACGGGAUGAGCACUCAGCAGGCCGUCACGCUCAUCUUCUACCUGCUGGCCUUCCUGCUCAUCCUGCAGAGGGUGUGGGCCUCCAUCGGCUGCUUCAUCUGUACGUAGCGGCAGCAGGGGGCGCUGUCCUCUCGCCGCCCUCAGGUGAAGACUGAGACGAGGAGUCCUGCUGGCUCCUCCUCCUCCUCCUCUUCCUCGGCCGGGGGUCUGCUCCAGAAGAGCGAGCAGCAGCAGGAGAUGAGGAGCGAUCUCUGCUGCUCCUCACUUCGUUGGGAGGCUUUGCUGUUUGUCCACACGCCUCACUGUGGUAAAUGUGGGUCGUACCUCUGCUGGACUCCAGGUGGCAGCGUUGAGUGAGGUUCCUAGUUCCCAGCCUGUCGUUAGCCUUGAUUUAUGAGUUUUUCCUGUUUCUGUUUUAGCUGGUAAACAGAAAGGUGGUAUUGGUGGAGCAGGAACCCUGCUUUAGUGACUCGAUGCACCAUCUGGUGGUCCAAGGUGGAAUUACAAGACCCACUUCAGUGAAUUUGGUGAAUAUUUCAUGUAUUUACAGUCGGGUAAAAUAUCACGGCGCCUUUCAAGCAGACUGUGUGAAAUGUAAGUCAAGCCGCUACUUCGGGAGGUGACGCUUCGUCAGCGUCAGUCCCAGGCUCUUCCUCCCCUUUAGUAUUCGCAGUGGUGGAGGUAUGAAGGAGAGUCUGACCUUUUGACAGCAUCAGAGCCUGAACCUGUCUCUCCGGACAGCUGCUCUGACCUGACGUUGGUCAUCUGAGGGACGUUUUGAUGGGAGCAAACUUGACACCUCAUCCUAUUAUCGCCUCCUCCUCCUCCGGCUGCUUCUAUAUUCGACUCGGUCGGGGUGUAAACUUGUGUUGCAGAGCUGAAGAGACGGAGUCAGGUUAGAUGAUUGGUUUCCUGGAGCAGAGAAGGAGGCGCACUUUGUUUCAGAUGGGAGGAAGGAAACAAGUUUGUUCUUGUGUUAGAAAGUUUACAAUGUUCUGUUACUGCAGGUAGCAGUGGGUGACGUGGACUGACUUCUUUUUUACAUUUGAAUGAGUGAUUUGUAUCAUGCUGAAGACACCUUCACCUUCACUGUGCGGUAGAACCUGUGUUUAGGCUGAACUGGACUCUGUCAAACUGGGAACUUCCCAGUGAGGAAAUGUGGAUUCUCUGAAAGCUGAGAGUUGGACUGAUGUUUAAAUUGUCUGAGAUGUUUAAGAUGUAACUUAUCUGACUUCAGUGAGAGACAUGGCGUUAGCCUCGCCCAGGGUUUCUUGUAAUAUCAGCAAUUUCCCAAUUUUGCUUGUACCUUUUUUGAACCAGGAGUGACUAAUCAUUUUGAAUAGUACAGUGGAGUGUCACUAUAGAACAAAUAACUUAAAUGUUUUUUCACGUUCCACAUUGUGAAAGCUGCAUGGAGCUGCUACAGAGGAACUAAAGAACCACAUGUGGCCCCAGAGCCGCAGGUUGCAGACCCCUGGCCCAGCCUGUGAAGUUUAAACAUCAGCGCACAUCUGUGUGCCUUCCUGAAUGAAUGAGCGGUACGUGGAAUCCCCUGCUCUGCCUCUCUGGUAGCUGUAGCAGGAGGAAAACAGGAAGAUUUAAUCAAUGAUACCCGCUGAGGUUUAACGUGCUGAUGAAUAUCUGUUUGUUUGUUUUUUCCUUUGGUUUAAACUCAGUGGGAUCCGUUUAUGUCUGAAAGAGUGGGAAAAUGUGCAGUGUUUAGUUUUGUAACUUUCUAUGAGUUUAUGUGUGCUCACGUUUUG